AAACAUGGAAUGCAAGAAUGGAGAGAGAAUUGUGACCUACAAGAGGGAUAUGGAUCAAGAACUCCGCCGGAGGAAGCCAGCCCAAUCCAAGAAGAGGAGCACAUAUUUUCACAUGAGAUUUUGACUAAAUCUCAGCUUAAUAAUGGUGACACUGAAGAUGCUGAUAACAGCCAGGUGCUCUAUGAAGGCAGUUUUCCAUCCUACCAUUCGUGGCCAUUCUCGGGUAAUUCUACUUAGCCCUGUGAUCCCAUUGAGGAACACGGGUUUUUAUCAUCGAAUCCCACCACCAGCCAUGUAUGGUGGAUGGCACACAGUGACUAUGAUUCCUGGAGACAACCUCAGACCCGAACUUAUGGUGCACGUCAAGACUGUGUUCUCACACACGUGCAUGCCUGUAGACUUCAAGGAGGUGUGGGUGACCUCUACUUGUUGUUUGGGGGAAAUUUGCAAUGCUAUUCUGGCAGUCCGUCGAAACUCUGUGCCUCUAAAGGGCACGACUACACCCAGCCACCUUCUACAAUCCUACAACAACAUGUUGCAUACUACCCGAGAUCUCUAUGCCAGUGUUACCCAUUUUAAGAAUCUGCCCAACGUGGAAACCCGUCACCAGGGCAUAGACAUCUUGGUUAUUUGGGAGAACACAGAGGGUGAGUACAGCAACCUAGAGCAUGAAAGUGUAAAAGGAGUGAUUGAGGACCUAAAGAUCAUUACAAAGGCAGAGUCUUGGUGCAUUGCUGAAUAUGCCUUCCAGGUGGCCCAGAAGAUGUGGCGCAAAAAAGUGACAGCUGUGCACAAGGCCAACCUUAUGAAACUAGGAGACGGAUUCUUUCUCCAGUGCUGCAAGGAGGUGGCAUCCCGCUAUCCUCACGUCACCUUAGACAGCAUGAUUGUGGAUAAUGCUACGAUGCAGCUGGUGGCCCGACCUCAACAGUUUGAUGUCAUGUUGAUGCCCAGUCUUUAUGGCAACGUUGUCACCAGUAUCUGCACAGGCUUGUUCGGAGGAUCAGGCCUUAUACCUGCAGCCAACUAUGGCUGCGUAUGUGCAGUAUUUGAGACAGUAUCAAGGCAGUUGAACAAGAAUCCAGAUGAUAAGAAGGCCAAUCCUACUGCCAUGCUGCUAACAAGUUGCAUUUUGCUGGAUUACCUCAAACUCCACUUCUGUGCCACCAGGAUUCAUACUGCAGUCUUGGCAUUCUUAAGCAAUAAAAAUAUUCAAACACUGGACAUUGGAGGGCAGGGUACCACAGUGGAAAUAAUUCAGUACAUCAUGGAUCACCUCCAAAAUCCAAUUAAAUGAUCAGUGCCUUGAAAGCCAUUAUUACCCAAAGUCUUUUCUGUCCUGUUCUUUCCUCACAUUGUCCUCCUCCUGGGCUCCAGAAUAAGCUGUCUUCUCUGGUUCAGUAGAUGCAGCUGAACCAAAACUGAUUUUUUUCCCAUUAAAUUAAAAUGCCAUGGGGCUGGAGAGAUGGCUCAGUGGGCAGAGCACUUGCUUAGCAUGCACAAGGCCUUAGGUUCAAUCCCCAGAACCACCA